UCACUGUAAACACUAUCUGCCUGGUGGGGUCAUUGCACCAUUGCAUUUGUUCGGACACAAUGCUGCAGUUUUUUAAGGCAGUACCGGACAAAAGAAAGAGGGGAACGUAGGUGCCCAACAGUCAGAGUGGAUUUUUCAUGGUUAAGCACAGUGUCCAGACAAGACAUGGGCCUCUGCCCUUAGAGCAUGCCAUGUGUUAGAGUGGUUAGACGGUGGCAUUACUGGCCCUUGUCCGCUUUCCGGAGGGUUCGCCACGCUCCGGUCUUCAUGUGGCACAGGGUCCGGAGACUACUUCAGGCCUGUCGGCAUGGCGAGGGCUACCAAGUGCCGGGGGCAUAUGACAACAACCAUGAUGAGGGCACUGCGGAGGACACGGUGUCCUUUCAGCCCAUGGGAUCAGAGCGGAUGGAGAUGCGAAAGCGGCAGAUGUCGGUGCAGCAGGAGACGCUGGCGGGGGGCGUUGCACCGGCCCAGCAGGACCAGCAGGGUCAGGGGAACCGAGCCUCCAACGCCUGCUGCUUCUGCUGGUGCUGCUGCUGUAGCUGCUCCUGGAAUGAAGACAGAGAGGAGAGGAACCGGAGGGCCUUGCACGAUGUCAAACCUGAGGGGAGCACUGAUUGUGAUGACAGCCCAAUGCCCACUUUGGAAGAGGUGCAAUGCUGGGGGCAGUCGUUUGACAAGUUGAUGGACUGCCCUGUGGGGAGGAGUGCCUUCCGGCAGUUUCUGCGCACAGAGUUCAGCGAGGAGAACAUGCUCUUCUGGCUGGCCUGCGACGAGUUCUGCAAAGAGACCAAUAAGAGCACUAUUGAGGAGAGAGCUCGGCUUAUUUAUGAAGACUACAUCUCAAUCCUUUCACCUAAAGAGGUGAGCUUGGACUCCCGGGUGCGAGAGGUGAUCAAUCGGAACAUGCUGGAGCCCAACUCCCACACAUUUGAUGACGCCCAGCUGCAGAUAUACACACUAAUGCAAAGAGACUCUUACCCUCGCUACAUGAACUCCCAAGCCUACAAAAACCUGCUCAACACCCUUUCAGAGCAGUCCCCUGAAUCCUAGAUAAUGACCUGUGACCUUUUCUCUAUUUGACCUCUAUUAUCCUCCCUUUCAUUUUGUUUUUUUGUAUGUUAGUGUAGAAUAAGUGACCAGGGCCUUGGAACCCGGCCCUUCCAGGGAUCUGAGUGCUACAGCGAUCUACACCUGACAGAAGACUCAGGUUUCAAAAAUUUCCCGAGGGCUUAACACCACAAGUACUGCUACAGAUCAACAUAGCAACUCACUCCAAAGGAAUAUUACGAAACAUUUCUGUCAGAUUUAUUUGAGAAAUAAUCUAUUUUAUUUAUGUUUAUUUUUUUAAUUGUUGUUAUUGUUAUUUUUUGUAUCAUUCCUUGGAGGGGAAAUUAUGCCUAAUGUAGGCAUUAUAUCUAUCAGUUUGUAAAUAGAAAAAAGGAAUUGUGGGUAAAUAUGAGAAAUUCCCAGAUCUAUUUACUGCGUAUGAAAAUCAGUUCAAGUCAUGGCUACAUGCUAGCAGUACUUGUAGGCAGCUUUGUGGGGUACAUUAGUGUAUGAUUUACCUUAGUUUCACCUUGAUCUCUGUCAGCUCACCUUACAGUUAGGAUCCUGAAACACUGACUUGGCAACUCCAGUUCAUGUAAGAACUGGAUUUUUAAUCAUGAUCGAAAUGUUAUCAAAAGUUAAGAUUGUUAAGAAGUUGUUACACAAAAUGCAAUAUUUUGAGAUAAGGAAAAAAACGUUAAAGCUUGUAUUAGUUCUAAAUGAUUUAGACAGCUCACGUAAAAACAUAAAAACAUUACGAUAAUCAUCAUCUUUGUACAAUUGAACAUUUAGAAUUAAAGAAAAUAGUAUUUUGUUCCUAUUGCCAUUAUUGAUAUACCAGCAAGACAUUUAUCAGUUUAAGUAUUAAGAAAGUAUUUAUUCAUGCAGUCCAGCGCAGUCUGUGGAACAGCCUGUUCAGCUGGUCGGUAAAUGAAAUGAGAAAAUGCCUUGUAAUAAACUACUUAUGAGGCUCAAUAUUAUUGAUAUGAUUGCCAAGUUUUAGGAGCCCGAUUUAUUAGCAAGACUGAUUUCUGUAUGUAAGUGAUUGAAAUUCCCCAGGGUCAGAUCAGUUUAACAUUGACACCAAAGCUACCAAGUAAACUGUGUUCAUACAUACUUUUUUUUAAAUGAUUUCUCUGACGAAAAUUGGAGUUGCCAAGUGUUGAGAUAUUUUAUGUAUCAUCUUGUUUUUUUGUUUCAUUGUUUUUGUCGCCUCACUCAAAGACAAAAUCCUCUCGGGGGAAGUGCCUUGACAUUCAGUUUUGUGACAUCUCUCUCAUGAAUGGUAUCUUCUGGAGCACCUCUAAGUCAAGUUAACUGAUUUGUCAUUUUCCUUGGCUGACUAGAUUAUUGCAUGUUUCAUCCUCUCCUUCCUUCAAGUGAAUACAUCAGUACAUUUUGGUAGAGCGAUCUGUGGAGACAAAUGAAAACUCAUGCCUUUGUUUGUAAAUGGACACUGAAGUUGGGUGAUGAAUAGGGCAGCGAGGUUGCAUCUCAACCUCAGUCUGCCGACGUUUGUGCUUCAUGGAGGUAAUUCUACUUGUCUUAGGAGUAAACUUACUUGAUAUGUGCAAUUUGAGCUGAUGGAUUCACCAUGUAGAUCAACCUCAGACACAUUUUAAGCCAAUGGUUUGGAGUGAUACUGCCUAUAUAUGUUCAUUUUCUUGUUUACUAUAUGAAACGUGUUAUUUUGCAGUAAGUUUACGAAAGGAAAACUUUUCAAACAAAUAAUGUGAUAAUGUUUACAGUAUGUUUUUUUCUGUUUCUUCUCCAAGAAAAUAAUGAUUUGUGGGCAUUUUGAUUCUUUACGGUAAAAAAUAAAGCACAAUAAUUUCACUG